AUGUCGCCCUUCAACUUGGAAACUUGCGCUAGACCAAACAUUUUGGCCCUCGAACCUUAUCGCUGCGCACGAGACGACUACAAAGAUGACGGCACCAACGUCCUUCUCGAUGCCAACGAGAACGCCUAUGGCCCCCCUCUCCCUCCGUCCAUCACAGGCCUUAUUCAGCCCCAAUCCGGCCUCGGUCCUGUAAUCGACCUCCCCGGCCUCAACCGCUACCCAGACCCUCACCAAGUCCCCCUCAAGCAGCUCCUCUGCAACCUCCGCCAAACCCACGUCCACACCCAAAAGAAGCUCUCGCCAGCCAACCUCUUCGUCGGCGUCGGCUCUGAUGAAGCCAUCGACGCCCUCAUCCGCGCCUUCUGCCGCCCAGGUCAGGACAAGAUUCUUGUCUGCCCGCCAACCUACGGGAUGUACUCCGUCUCGGCCCAAGUAAACGACGUCUCCCUCGUCAAAAUCCCCCUCCUCCCGGGUCCCGACUUCCAACUCGACGUCCCCUCCAUCCUCUCCGCCCUCUCCUCCCCCGAUGCAAGCACCAUCAAGCUAGCCUACUUCUGCUCCCCGGGUAACCCAACCGGCUCCCUCCUCUCCAAAUCCUCCAUCGGGUCGAUCCUCGCCCACCCAACCUGGAACGGCGUCGUGGUCGUCGACGAGGCCUACAUCGACUUCGCGCCCGACUCGGCCUCCCUCGCCGAAUGGGUCGUCGAGUUCCCCAACCUCGUCGUGAUGCAGACCCUCUCCAAGGCGUUCGGGCUGGCGGGUAUCCGUCUCGGUGCUGCCUUCACCUCCCCUGAAAUUGCCAGGCUUCUCAACGCGCUCAAGGCUCCCUACAACGUCAACAACAUCACCUCCGCGAUCGCAGAGUACGCCCUCUCCCCCGCCGGCCUGGAGGUCAUGAGGGCGAACAAGGCUGCUCUGCUGGAGCAGAGGGACAGGUUGCUGAGGGAGAUGCCCACGAUCCCCGGGGUGGGCAAGCUCAUGGGCGGGACCAAGAGCAACUUUUUGCUGUACGAGAUGCUCAACAAGGACGGGCAGCCGGACAAUGCUGUUGCGCUGGCUGUGUACGAGGGUCUGGCGGAGACCAAGGGCGUGGUUGUCAGAUUCAGGGGCAAGGAGCACGGGUGCUUGGGCUGCCUGAGGAUCACGGUUGGCACCGAGGACGAGGUGACGAGGUUCUUGGAAGCCAUCAAGAAGCAGCUUGAGCAGGUCCGGGGGGUGGAUGCGCGAAGCGAUGAAGAGGAGAAGGAGAAGGCUGCCAGUGCCGUUGUCGCGUAG